UAGUGUAGUGCACGGAAUAGUGUACGGAUCCGUAAUGUCUCGUGGUUUACGCAACAAGAUCUGGAUUCGGAAAGGGUUGGCAGCAGAAAACUCCGACGACCAGCUUCACCUCGAGCAUGUCAGCCAUUGAGGUUUCGUCCACUACGCUUGAGGUUUCGUCCACCACGCGCCGCCCACUCUCCCAGCGUAAGCACCAAGCAAGUCUCAGAGUCCGGCAGGAUCAGGCGUCUCCUGAAACCAGUCUGCGAGAUGCUCCCCUCACGCACCAAGCUAGUCUCAGAAUCCGGCAGGAUCGAGCGGAGGAAGGAGGGCUCCAAACCCGGUCGAGGUCAAAUCACGAAGGAGACUACGACCCCGACGUAAACGUGGCGGCCUCGUGACGGCCUGGCGCUGGCAUGGGUAUCGCAAGAGGAAGGGCAGGCUUUCUUUCCAUUGUGUGCCGAGGUGGCUCUUCAGAACGGGAACAAUGUCUGAGUGCCUGAUGUGGUUCCCGAGCUAGCCGCACAUAUUCCUUACAGUCCACCGUGGUACCGUUUUGCGCCCGUCAUGCACUGGGCGAUGAAGUGGAUU